AUGACACGAAAGGAUUACAAGCUCUUCGAAGAAUUCACGGAACGACAGGGUCUUGGAAUGAGUCUCAAAUUCUGGCUCGCCUGUGUCAAAUAUGGCAAUGUGAAACAAACGCGAAAGAAGUCCAAAGCUGACAUGAUUCUGCAAACGUUUCUGAUAGACCACACCGUACCGCUCUCAUCAUCGGUUCUCGCGCGGACAAUUCUACAACUGUCUGCGCAUUAUCCAGAUCAAGAAGCUCUUCUCGAAGCGAAAGACCUGAUUCAAUCCAGACUAUUACGCUGCUACAGCAUCUACCAAUUUCAGCGCCUCUAA